GCAACUGAACUGUAUUGGAAACAUGGACGCUUGGUUAGUUGGGGAAGAAACCCAACCAACCUUGGGAGCCCAAACCAUUCGAACCAUUCUAAGUCAGUAUAGAAAGAAAGAAACCAAAGAAAUGGUACAUAAGCACUUGGAUGACUUUAUUCCAUUGGACUCAAGAACGGACCAUUCCUUAUCGGAGACUCACUCCCAAUGGGAUGAAUCAAACGAACUGGAUAAAGAUGACUCCUUUGUUUUUCCUUGUUGGAUAGUUAACAAAGGAACAAAAGAACGGAUCAAGAGAGCAGAACACCCGAUAAUAGCUCUCCAUUAUGAAAUAUUAGAAUUGGAACGAUUUGUUUCGGGUACCCGAGAGGAAACAAAACAACGAAAACAACUCAUAGAAAGAGUUACUGAGAUAAUACGACAAAUAUGGCCAAAUUCAAGUGUCCACGUUUUUGGUUCUUUUGCAACUAACCUUUAUCUUCCUACUAGCGAUAUUGACUUGUGCAUAUUGAGUUCUCCAGAAAAUGGAAGCAAACGAGAGUUGCAUCUAUUGGCAGAUGUAUUGAGACGUAAAACCAACAAAAUGCGGCGAGUUAUGGCUAUUGAUAAAGCUAGAGUUCCAAUCAUUAAAGUUACCGAUAGAGAAACAGGUAUACAAUGUGAUAUCUCUUUUGGAAGAACAAACGGAAUAGAAAAUGUCCGACAUAUUCAAAAGUAUUUAAAGAGAUAUCCAUCUUUGCGUCCUCUUAUGAUGGUUAUCAAAUGUUUUCUUCAUCAACGAGCUUUGAAUGAAGUUCAUGAAGGAGGAAUUGGUUCAUAUUUAUUACUACUCUCCAUUAUAUCUCAUUUGCAAAUGAUUCCUGUGAAUUUUCCUGAUAUGAGAAAGGAAGGAUUUAUUUCCAAUCUCGGUUCUUUGCUUUUAUCAUAUUUUCAACUUUAUGGAAGACUUUUCAAUUAUAUGAAAACGGGUAUUUCAGUGAAGAAUGGCGGUUAUUAUUACGAAAAGGUGGAGCGAUUUCCUUUUGAGAUAAAUCGUCCCAACUUGCUUUCAUUAGAAGAUCCUCGAGAUGAAGAAAAUGAGUUGGGAAGGAAUAGUUUUGCAGUUUCAAGAGUACGCACAGCAUUUUCUCAAGGUUAUGAAUGUCUCUUUAGAUGGGAUAAAAGUAUGAAAUGUACUCCUUUGAGUCUUAUUCUUCAACAGGAUGAGUUUUUAGUAACUAGAAGGAAGAUGACCGACUUGAAUGGAGAACACUCAAAGGUCUCCCGAAAGAGACAACGUAGUUGAAGUACUGUUGCUUUGUUAUAUAGAGUUCAAAUAACCUUUAAGAGUUGUAUUCAUUGUAGUAUAAUCAAACACAUCAUAAUAAAUAAAGAAGACGAAAUAUAUACUCAUCGAUGUCU